GGACGUGCUGCCGACUACAACGUGAAUUGACUGUGUAUCGCCAUUUCGUGGUUCCGCUCAUUUGAGUUUUUAGUUUUACCUUUUUAGAGUUCUUUAUUUGUUAUCUAUAGUGUCUUUGCGUGCGCGUUGAUUGCGGUUGCAUACCUCUAAAAUUGUUGUGCUCUUGUGAAUGUUAGCAGCGCAUUCGGCAAACCAGUUCGCCUCUGCUUCUGGCGGACGGACAUGAAUUGGUAGAUGAGGAAUCAGUGCAGCUUGUUUUCCGCCAGUGUACUUUGUGAUAUAUGUAGAUACUACAUAAUAUAUUUGAAAUUAACCACACUCAACUCAACUGAUUAGUUAUUUUCUCAAAGAUAUCGGGCGUCGUUAACGCGCCCAAAAUGUGAACAUUUUUUGUAAAUUUGCUGUUGUAUGUAUUAGGCAAAGAAAAAUAUUGUAAAUGAGUGAUUAUAAAUGUGUACAGCGCGCAGCGAGCACAUCCGCUGCCCGUGCUACCUCCACCAGCAAGCCAAGCAAACCGUUUUGCUCGUUGGCCUAUCUGGCUAAAUCCACAGCCGCCAUAAAUAGCAGCAGCGAUGUUAGAAUUCUGCAAGGCCCUGGCCAAAACAGCUUUACCGAUCCAUCGAGCCCACCGAAUGUGGCAGCCACAGCGAAAGUGAAUGAACGUGGUUCGCCUGGGCUUCCUACUGGUACUGCAACAGCAAUCAGGGAGCAUGGUGAUAAUAGCCAACAACCUAACGAGGCUUCGUCGACUUCGCGUAUUGCUAAUGGUCAGUCCAGUAACAAUUUGCCAAGCGAGCAGUCGGACGGCAUCAACCAUUCACGCAGUAUCGCAGAGGUUUUCGGUGUAAUCAACGAGGAGGACGCCACACCCACUACCGAUCAGGUGGAUGCUACUGAUGUGCGUCGUCCAUGGGAGCUUGGUGCGCACAAUGGCUUCGUACGACGCAUUCCUCCUGCACUAAUGACACCCGCGAAUGCACAAAAUGGAUUCCCGCAUUGCUCUAAUGGCCUGCCUUCACUGUCCAAGUUGAAUAGCAUGGACUGCUGGGACUAUACCAUCGAAUUGGAAUGUCUUAACGGUCCGCAAGACUUACAACUUGCCGCGGAGCUAGGCAAAACGCUGCUGGAGCGCAAUAAAGAGCUCGAGUCGCUGGUCAAAGAGCUGAAGGGUACUAUCGAUGAGCAGCAACAGGAAAUUGUGUACUUGAAGAAACACACGACCGCAUUGCGCGAGGUCAAUGACACGCGUCUGAAAGUGUAUGAGCAAUUGGAUAUUGGCAUACAGGAUCUGGAGCGCGCCAACCAGCGUUUGACCGCUGAGAAUACCAGCGACAAGAAGCAUAUUAAAACGCUUGUGCAAAAUAUCGAGGCACUUGAGGCGCGUCAAGAUGAGCUCAAUAAACAAUUGGAGGAGCUCCGUCAAGCGCUCUCAAUGGAGCGGCGAAAGAACGAACGUCUCAGCAGUGCCAACGAGAGACGCAAUGCCGCCGGUCUGGCCAAUGACUCCCAUAGGAACAAUGGAGUGCUGGAUGGUAGUGCGGUCGAAGAGCCUAGUUCAACCAGCAAUAGCAACGAAAACAGCAGUGAAGUGUGCUUUGAAGCCAACACCACGGCGCCUGAGAACUGUAGUUUUGCGUUCCGAUCGACGGCGCCCGCGGACAGCAAAGCUAAUUCAACGAGUAUCGGCGCCCACCAGAGUCAUGACAAUUCGAUGGCGUUGAGUGACUUGGUGUGCAGCGCAGAUGACGGUGAAGAAAUUAUAAAGCUUGUCAAUGACUUAGAGAUGACGAAAAAGGCGUUUUUGGCCGAGCAACAACGUUGCACAGAGUUGGAAGAGCAACUAGUGGCCAUAAUUCAAGAGAAUCAAAUGUUGCAAAGCCGAUUGGCGAACAAUAGUCCCAACGAGGAGAUGCGGUCAAUGCAAGAGGAGCUUUCCGUAUUGGAUGAAGUGCGGCAAGGAAAGAUGUGCAGUCGCUGCAUGCGCGUUGUUGAGGAGCGUGGCACCAUUGGUGACGAGCAGUCGUCACUAGCCCCCACUGAGGAGUACCACGAGGAUGAGGAGCGAAGUUUGCUUGAUAACGGUAGCGAAUGCUCACAGGCCGCCUACCGUCCCGGUGUAUCGAUUAAGGUAUCUCAACGCAUUGCUGACUCAUUGGAUCUGAGUAUCCCCAGCAGCCCAAACCCGUACCGAGAAUUGGUAGAGAAAUACGAAGCUUUGCUUGAGGUUCAAUGUUCGGCUAUCGUGCGCAAGAAUACUACCAUGGGCGGCGCUGUCGGCAGUGGCAGUGGCAGUGGGGGUGACGGGAUGUCACUCGCCGAUGAGUUCCAAUCGUCGGGUGAAUUUAGUCAGUCACAAAAGUCGCACACGCUAUCCUCCGUUGCCGAUGAGACCGCAGCUGAUGAGAGCUGUGGUGCUGGCUCGGCAGUUGGCAGUUCCUCUGCUGCCGAGGUGCAAAAUGGCGGCGGUUCUAGUUUACCUUCAUCCAAUGAUGCCAACACCACUAAAAUAGUGAACAGUACGAAGGAUAUGCGCGGUCGUACGCCUACUGAAUACUCAGAGGCGGAAACUUCUUCUUCUGGUUAUGCCGAUGAAACUAGUAAUAAGUCGACGCAGACAGAAAACCGACCUGGUUCUUUUCUUUGCACUAUCGGUGAUGGCGAGGUGUGCAAGUUUAGUAUUUAUGAUGAUGCCAGUCCAAUUGAAUCGCAUUUCCGUAAUCGUCCCGAAUACAAGGAACUAUUCAAAGAGAUUUUCGCGGUACUGAAGAAAGCGGCUACUAAUAAGGAAGAGGGAGAGAGAUUGCCUUUGCUCGACGACACCGAACCAGCUGCUACUAGUACAUGUACCGCCGCCAAGGUGCCGCCAGUGACACCUGCCAAUGAGGAGCUGCCAAUAGGUUUCGAAGAUGACGCACAAAGCAUUAUUUCAUCAGCGGUGUCCGAACAAUCGUUUGCCAUGUCCGAGUGUAUAACCAAGUUGGAACGCAAGACCGCGAAGAAGCACAUCAUCGAGAAGAAUCAAGAAAAUCAACCCCCAUCGCUGCUUGGCACUUCUAUAACAACAUUAGUUGUUGGCGGUAAAUCGCCAAUAGUUGAAAAUGGUCGUGUUCUGACACCAUUGAAACGGGAACCGCUCGAAUAUCUAUCAGUGGGGGUAGGCAUAAAGAAGAAAAAUCGUCGUAAGAAUCGCAACUUUAGCGGCGAUCGCUCUGAGUCUCCAGCCACGCUGCCGUCACCACCACGCUUUUUCAUUGCGAGUGGUAAGAAACGACGUGAUGUUCGUCCAUAUGUCCAAUCACCAUUGGCGAACACCUCUUCCGAUCAACCACGCUCCUCACGCAGCUCUGGCGGCGCACACUAUGAAUGGAGUGGCAACUCGAUGGUCAUUUACAAUCGCAGUUUAAAUUCACCUGGCACGCAGUCGUCAUUACGGGGACGAGAAAUGGAUUUGAGCAAUCUUGAGUACCGACCUAGCUUCCUCUCCAGGGAACUAAAUCAGCUGAAGAAUUUGGAGAUGUCGUACGCCGAGGUUCUGCGCAGCGCCGAUAGUUGCAAGCACAGCCACUGCCAAUCGGCCUCACAUCACCACCAUCACCAUCAUUCACAGCAACAGCAGCAGCAACAUCACUCACAGCAAAAGCAACACAAACAACAAAAACUGCAGCGAAAUCGCAAAAACUAAGCAAGUAGAGACAAAUGAGCAAGCAGGUAUUUUUCGGCAACGAAAAGUCCUUUCCCCAUUGUCAACUCUGCAUUUGAUUUCCGCUCAAUAUCCAUAAUUGGAUUUAUGUAACCUAAAAAAUACAAAAUUAAGAACAUAAGAACAAUUACAUACAUACAUACAUGUAUAAGCGUACUAGCCCUAAUUAGUAUUUGAAUAGUUUGAAGAAGUAAACUUUUUGCCCCCACCCAACUAGUUAGGAAAAGCGAAGAGAAGCACAGCAGUAACACAGAAACUGAAACAGUAAAAAAAACAAUAAACAGAA